AUGGUUGAUGAAGAUGUUACUGAAAAACAGCAGGUGAAGAAAGCCGAUGCAAAGGCAGAGGAAGCUGUUGCAGAGAAACAACAAGUGAUGAAAGAUCAGAAAAAGACGGCAAAAGAAGCCGAGGUGCCAAACACUAAGGUAAAAACUCAAACUGAAUCUUCUGAAAUGUUAGAUAAAUCUGAUCAUAAAACUGAUGAACAGUGCAAGAAAUGCAUGGAAACGUGCAAAGCUUGUACUGAAAAGGAUAACAAUCUGAGAUCCAGAGACAUUGAAUUUACUAAAAUUGAAAAGAUUUUCAAAGGAAAAUGUAAUGAAAUGCUAGAAAAUGAAAGAUUUUUGAAAGAAAAAGAAAAAGAGCUAACAGAGAAAUGUGAAAAUCUUGAAAAAGAAAACGAAGUUUUAAAACAAAAGUGUUUAGCCGAGUGCAACGAAUAUAUUUCAAAAGAUAAAACUAUACAAGAGUUGCAAAAAAAAACGAUGGAAUGA